AUGAGAACAGGCAAAAAGAAGUACUUGUCCAUACACAAAAAUGUCACUCAACUUCAGACACCAAUCAAAUAUACCAUUAGGCUCGAAAAACUUAUAGCCAACAACGAUAUCAGUCUCUACAACCGAUUUGACGAUCAAUGCCAUCGCCGUCCCUUCGCGCCUGCCAUUGUCUUUGAAGGCUGCACAUACACCUGGAGAGAUGUAGAACAAGCAUCCAAUCGAAUGGCACACUGGUAUAUCUCGAAAGGAAUAUGUCCCAAAGAUCGUGUGGCCAUGUACAUGGCCAACUCUCCUCUCUUUAUCUUCUCUUGGCUGGCUUUGCUCAAGAUCAAGGCCGUACCAGCCUUUAUCAACAACCAAAUCACCGGAGCUGGUCUUAUACACUCGCUCAAGGUUGUAAAUGCGAAAUUCUUUGUAUUUGACUUUGAAUUCUUUAAUAUCCUGGAAGAGUCUAUUUCGGCUAUUCGAGAUGAUCUUGGUUACUCCCUUUAUACAAUCACACCAAAAGAGGAGGUGUUGGUACGAUUUUAUCAGUAUGGAUCGAGACCAGGGCCACAGCCUUUUGGUUUUAUGGAUUGGGAACGAUAUGAAGCUACCGGCUUCCCACGAGAGUCUCGAAAAGAUGUGGAUAUUAGCGACCCAGCAGGUCUUAUAUUCACUAGCGGCACCACCGGACUUCCAAAAGCAGCUGUCAUGGACCAUGGGCGAUGCACAUUGAUUGUGGCUACCUGCGUAGCCAUUGCCAAACUUACAGAGAAGGAUCGCCUGUAUGAUUGUUUGCCUUUAUACCACACAGCAGGAGCCAUUCUUGGCGUUGUUCAUACUUGGAUAACAGGGGGCACUGUUGUUUUAGCUCGAAAGUUCUCGGCCUCGACUUUCUGGAAAGAAGUCAGAGAACAAGAAGUAACUGCGAUUAUACAUAUAGGAGAGCUCUGCCGAUACCUUUUAAAUACGCCGGAACAUCCUCUCGAUAAAGCAAAUAAGGUCAGGAUUGUACUUGGCAAUGGCCUACGCCCUGACGUCUGGCUCAAGUUUCAAGACCGCUUUGCCAUUGACAACGUUUUCGAAUACUAUUCAAUGAGCGAAGCGGCUUCAAGCGCUCUAUUCAAUGUAUGCGGAGGGGAGGAUGGCGCCGGCGCUGUAGGAUGGCAUGAAAAAUACCGUUGUCUGAAUAGCACUAUCCAACCGGGGGUUCGACUUGUCAGAGUUGAUACUGACAAUGAAGAGCUGAUCAAGGACAAGAACGGGUUUUGUAUUGAGUGUGUACCGGGCGAGACGGGCGAGUUGAUCAGCAUGGUUGAUAACAACAAGAGCUACACACGUUAUGUUGGCUACUUUAACCAGCCAGAGAUGUCUAAAGCAAGACUAAUUCAGGAUGUGUUCCAACAAGGUGAUCAGUGGAUGCGGUCUGGUGAUCUUCUCUAUCGUUCAAAGGAUCAUUUCUGGUAUUUUGCAGAUCGUGCUGGCGACACAUUUCGAUGGAAGGGAGAAAAUGUCUCGACAGCUGAAGUUGCUGAUAGACUGGGUUGUAUGGAUGGUAUCGCCGCAUGCGCAGUAUAUGGAGUCAAUAUUCCUAAUCAUGAUGGUCGAGCAGGGAUGGUGGCCAUUUUGAAUGAGAAAGCUCUUGAAGAGUUCAUGGGUCGACUAGGUGAGCAUGUUAGAAAGCAUCUGCCUUCUUAUGCAAUCCCGCGAUUUGUACGUAUCUGCCAGAAAGAGCUUGAGAUUACAGGAACAUUCAAGAACAAAAAAGUUACACUCAAGAAGGAAGGCUUUGAUUUGUCUAAGGUUGAUGAUCGUUUAUUCUGCUGGACUCAAGGUCGUUAUGAACCUUUUGGGCCGAAUGAAAGCAUUUUAGUCCUUGCGGGCCGCGCACGCCUUUGA